AUGAAACAGAGGUUAACAUCGUUCGAUGCACCUCCUGAGAUCCCAGCGUUGGAUUUGGAUCUUUCGCAUGCUAUAUCAAGUUUUAGACCGGGGCAUUUGAAUGAAGAAGAUAUACCUGAAAUCCCUGUGAUAAAGAAGAAUGGGAAAUUCAGAAAAUAUAGAAGAAUUGUUAGUAUGCCAUUGAUGAAACCCCAAUUUUCCCAAAGUAUGGUAACUUUGAAUACUGAUAAAGAAUUACCUACUCCUCCAAAAUCAUCGUUAUCAACAUUAGGAUCACCAUUAUUGACAUCGAGUGAACUUACACUACCACCAAGACCAUCUGAAGGGAGAAGAAGUGUUACAAUGGCAAGUUACAGAUAUUCAAUGCCACCUUUGAUGGAAGAUGAUGAUGAAUUUUACGAUUUACUUCACUUAAAAGGUCAAACAGGUCCAGGAAGUGCCAUUACUGAUACCACCAUGAGCACUGGUAGUACAUCUCCCAGUAAAAUGUCUAUGGAUGACGUUGACAGUUUAUUCUCUGAUAAUUCAGACCGUACUGAAGAUAGUGAUUUGGCUGCGAAAAGUUUAAUGGAGGUAGUGGAAAUUUACAACCGUGAUUCUCAAGAAGAUUUGGCUCAUGGUAAUUUAGGUCCAUGGGAUAUUUACCGUGAUUACGAGUAUAACAAUAGCGAUGAUGAGGGUGACAGUGAAUAUAACACUGAGAGUAUUUAUUCGUCAUAUACUGAAUUUUCCAAUAUUUCAUCAAAAUUCAUCGAAGAACCUAAACAUGAUAGCAUCAGUGGCAUGAUUGAUGAUACUGUUAGUGUCAAAGAUAGUUUAUUCAGUUUCAGCUCAGAAGAACCCAAUGUUGAAGUCAUGGACUCUAAAAGCAAAUCAACCUUAUCUUUGAACAAAGAUUUACCACCAUCUCCUACCGAUAGCAUUCAACCUGAACCCACAUUAGCAUUAAAAUACCCAUCAACUCCUUUGGAAGUGAAGAAAGCCAGAGUCAAUUUCGAUACCUCACCUCGUGUGCUAUCCCAACCACCUGCAAAGUCUCCAGAAUUACCAAGAAAGAGUUCCAUUCGCCAUAGGAAUUCAUACUCAAGACCCGUCAGUAUGUAUGAUCAUAGAUCUGUACUGAUGUCACUUGAUGCAUACCGUGGAGUGUCUAAUGAAAGACCAUUGUUAGAAAGUCCAGUAAGACCAAUAAGUUUAUACCAACCUAAUGCCAGUCAAUCCAAUGUCAGUACGUCAAGUUUCAUGACUGCGGUAAGUUUGUCUGAAGCCAAGUCUGAAUUGAAGAAAGAGGUAAGACAAAGACCUUUUAGUUUCAGUCUUGAUACCGGAGAAGAUUAUGGAUACUCCAGAUUUAAGCAUAUAGCUCCAAGGUCAGUGUCGGGGAAUCCCUAUGGCACGACAUUUUUGGGUGCAAAAAAUUGUGAGACAUUUCCCCAGAGUUACCAAGGGAAUCACAUCAAUACCAAAAGCCCCAACAGAAGAAGUUUCCUGACUCCCUUGACACCUCCAACCCCACAAUCAAGAGUGUUUCUGGUUACUGAAAGCCCUUUCCCACCACAGACUCCUCCCAAAGAUAGUCCUCCAACCCCAUUAACCCCAGUAUCUCCACUGCCAAAUGAAUACUGGGAUCAUGACUUCAGAACCACUAUCAAUAAUACCAAGAUGAACAACCAAGCAGUAAAUAAGGAUUUGGGUCUUCAAAUCAGGAAGAACCUUCCUAGCCCCGAAAAGAGAGAUAAGAACCUCAAGCACAUAGCUAAUUAUUUGACAAGGGAGAAGAACAGUCAAUUGUAUUUAUAG